AUGAGCAAAAUUUCUUAAGAGGCAUUUGAGUAUCUUAAUAAACUAAGGCAGAAUCCAAAAUUAGCCAUCCCUAAAUUGCAAGAGCAUUUAAAACUCUUUAAAGGAAACGUCUUAUAGAAACCUGGAGAAAUACCACUCCAAACAAAUGAAGGUCCAAAAGCUGUCAAUGGUAAUUUUUUUAGGAUAUAUACUAGAGUGCAUUUCAUUCUUGCAAAAUUAGAAGCCACUUGGACCUCUAACUUGGAGUAAAGGAUUAGAAUGUGCAGCUAGAGAUCAUGUUAAAGAUACAGGACCAAAAGGAGUCACAGGUCAUACAGGCACUGAUGGAUCAUCCAUGAGUGAUAGAAUAGAAAGAUAUGGAGAAUGGGAUGUUACUGUUGGUGAAAAUAUCAGUUAUGGAUAAACUACAGGAGAAGAUGGUACUAAUUAAAUAUCAUUUUUAGUUAUCAUUCAAUUAAUUAUUGAUGAUGGUGUUUCAUCUAGAGGACAUAGAAAAAAUUGCUUUAAACCAGAAUUUGGAGUUGUUGGCAUAUAUGAUGGAGAACAUAAACAAUUCAAAACAUAAUGCGUUUUUGAUUUUGCAGGAUCAUUUGAAGAUAAACCAGGAGUUGAUGCUAGUGCACCUUCACAGAAUGUCUCAUAACAAUAACCAGAACAAUCAUCAAAUAAAUAACCAGAUGGUCCUCCUCCAAAACCAUAAGUUAAAGACCCUGAUGAUAAAAUAACUUAAGAUGCUUUCAACUAUUUAAAUUAAGUAAGAUAAAACCCAACUCUCCCUAUUCCAAAACUAUAAAAUUUAAUGAAACUAUUUAAGGGUAGUGUUCUAUAUAAACCUGGUGAAACACCUCUUUAAACUAAUGAAGGCACAAAAGUCAUAUAGGGUAUUUUUUUAAUUAAAGAACUAGAAUUAAUUGGAUUUUUAUAAAAACAACAACCUCUUCAUCCAUUAACAUAUGACAAAGGAUUAGAAUAAGCUUGUUCUGAUCAUGUUAAAGACACUGGACCAAAAGGUGUUUGUGGACAUACUGGAACUGAUGGAUCAUCACUUUCUGAUAGAAUAGAAAGAUAUGGAGAAUGGAAUGGCAAAAUUGGAGAGAAUAUUAGUUAUGGAUAAAAAUCUGGAGAAGAUGUUAUAAUCUAACUAUUAAUUGAUGAUGGAGUUGGUUCCAGAGGACAUAGAAAAAAUUGUUUUGGUUAAGAUUUCAAUCUUGUUGGAAUUGCUGCAGGAGAUCAUAAAACAUAUUAAACUUAAUGUGUUUUUGAUUUUGCUACAGAAUUUACUCCAUAAGGUCAAUAGCCUAAAUAAUAAUCAAAUAACUAAGGAAAAACAGUUGUAUUGGGAGGAAAAGGAGGUCAUGUUGGUGCAGCUCCUUAAUAAGAGGAUGAAGAAGAAGGUAUUUUUUAAUUUAUAAUAUAGAAUAAUUGCCUCCUGGAUGUGUAUCUGUUAGUACAUCAUCUGCUGUAAGUAUGAAAGGUGGACAAAAAGUUACCAAAAUUACCAAGACCUAUAAAUUUAAGGAUGGAUCUACUAAGAUAGCAGUCCAGACAGUCACAGAUGGAUGA